UUGAUGGCCUGCUAGUGCACCAGACUGCAGUUGUUCUGCGCUUUGAUAUUUCCUCUCUUUUGGCUAUAAAACUUUGUGGGAUCUCCAACUGCUGAACACCAAUCUUUCAGUUCAAAAGAGAAAGGUUUUCUAACUUCUGUGAAUUCAUCCUGGGAAAGGGAUACUUCUGGAGAUCUUAAUUCAUCAGUAAUUAAGUUGGUCUGUUUCCAGAAAGGGCUUUGAAUUCUACAGAAACAAAAGCAGCAGAUAAGAGAGAAUCAACAGAGGGGAGAACUAUGGGAGAGUGUGAAUGCAGACCACUAGGGUUCUUGAUAGGUCUACCUUUUGCCCUUGCUUCCUUGCUUUUAUCUUUGGUCGGUGCAGUUAUUUGGAUCAUUGGGUCUGUAUUGAGUUGCCUGUGCCCUUGUUGUAUAUGCUUUGCAGCAUUAGCAAAUUUCGCAAUGGGACUUAUCAAACUUCCAAUCCAAGUGAUGCAAUGGUUUAUUGAUAAGAUUCCUUGUUGAUGUUCACUGAUGACUCGAUGCAGAUCUCUCAUAUUUAUUGAAUACAGAUAAUCUAACUUAAUUUCUAUCUAUUUUUUUUUCCCCAAAUUGUUGAUGAGGUUCUUCUUAAAUUUUGUUCAUUUUUAAUUCUCUCUUGCACUCUUCAUUUCAUUGUUAUAUCCACUUAAGAUUUAUAUUAGACAAUAUCAGAACUAGCUUGCGUUCACCUCGUAAUUGGUCUCUCAGCUGAGCUGGUGGGACUUGGUUCUAAUUCUUUCUUAUUCCCACCGACAAAUGCUAACGUUUCAAGUGGAUAAGACAUCACAUAUUAUAAUUUCUGAUGGAAACCAGAGAAGAUCAUCGUAAUGACUAUUCGCACGUUGACUUACAAAUUGACUGGAUAAAGUGCAUGCAUUUAGGAUAAGAAGAAAGGCACAUCUGAUCUUAAGCAGAUUCAGUGAAGGGAUUGCAAUAUUACAUCACUGCUUGAAUAUUGAAACACUUUUUGUUUUUGAUCAAGGGCUGAUCUCCAAAUAAUUUACUACUGUACAAGGAUGCAUGAACUAUAUUGCCUCAACAACCAAGUUGUGAUGCAAGGGUGGGCAACGUUGUCACCCUCCUAACGACAUAACAUAAAGUCCAUGAUGUAACCACUCUGAAGCUUGUGAGAUAUGUCAGCUGAUGUUCUUUUUGAGUCCGCCUCUUAAGUACAAAACUAUUAUGAGAAAUAAUGAUCUCUAUUAUGAUCUUUUAGACUCUGCAGAUUAACAAUUAAGUUGCCCUAAACUUCAACCUCGUUUUGUGUUUCCAAAA